AUGCAUUUAACAAGACUUGACUUUUGUCAAGCUUUGAAAAAUGGAUCAACCAAUAAGCUGAUAAUUCAAAUGUUAUCGAUGAUGAAAGACAGUGAUCCUAAUUUAUUUAAACUUCGUUGUCCUGGACCUAUUGUCAUGUCUAAAUUUAACGUGAAAACUGGAACCAUGAUGUCAAUUUUUCCUACAGGAGACUAUAAACUCUUUUUUGAAUUUGAAAUGGAAAACAAAACUUUGGUGGACUAUUUUGAAGUCAUAUGCAGUCUAAAUUCUCCUAACAAAGACACUUUUGGAUGA